CGAUCGCGCACCUUUUAGCUGCUGCUGUUGGGCCAGUCUCUCUUCAUACGCUACCAGCGUUGAGCCGUGAAGUGACGCUUUGCUUUUCUCUCGACCCCUGACCUGUUUGCGUUUUUUAUCUACCUGCGUGUGUGUGUUUCUUUUUUCCAUGUGACAUGCCAGUUGUGUCAAGUCGUAUCGAAUAGUCAAGUCGUUGUAGACACCGGUGGUUCUUGUCUAUCGACUUGUGUGUCUUUUCUUUUUGGGUGCGACAUGCCAGUCGCGUCAAGUCGUACUGAAUAGUCAAGUCGUCGUAGACACAGGUGGCCACUGCGUCAACGACAAUGGUGUCGCCGGGCGAGGCCGUAUCCCGUCUCAUCCCGAGCCUCCUGCUGGGAACCGUGAGAACGGCACUGGAUUUCCCGUCCGAGCUGGCGAAUUUCUACACCGGAAGUGAUCCGGACCGAUGCACCGGAAUCGAGCAACUGAUUAGAAGCAAGGGUUACCCUUUCGAGCGCCAUAAUGCGAUUACGAGUGAUGGCUACAUCAUCGAAAUGCACCGGAUACCCCACGGCCUGGAAGACUGCAAAGAACCGUGCCACAGACAACCCAUCCUCCUCAUGAGUGGUCUACUCGGUGACUCGUCAAAUUUCGUGCUGGACUUCCCUAAGCAAUCAAUCGGUUACGUGUUGGCCGACAACAAAUACGACGUGUGGAUGGGAAACGUACGCGGAAAUACGUACGGCAAGCGUCACAGGAAGUACAACAAGCGUUCCAAAAGAUUCUGGAAUUUUUCGUUCCACGAACAUUCUAAGUACGACCUGCCGGCCCAGAUCGAAUACAUCCUCAAGAAGACUGGCAGAAAGGAUCUGCUGUACUUGGGAGUCUCUCAGGGCACGCUGCUGUUCUUCACCAUGAUGUCUGAGAGGCCGCAGUACAACGAAAAAGUGAAGGCGUUCGCGGGCCUGGCUCCAUUCAACAAGCUGUCCCACAUGAACGUCGACUCCCUCGCAAUGCUGAUGCCUUUCGCUGAUCAGGGAUUGCGCAUGGCUUACGCCCUCGGAACGUACGAGAUCAUGCCCCGGGGAUUCCCUUUGCUGCUGCCGCUGGCACGAAGCUUCUGCGCCUUGCCAACGAGAGCCAUCUGUUCCUUACUCGGAGACGAGUUUGGCAACCUCGGCAGCAAGUACAUGAACAUGUCGCGUAUUCCUGUCUACCUCUGCCAUGUGCCCGCCGGAACUUCACUGAAGAACAUCGUUCACUAUUCCCAGCUUGUCAAGUCCAAGAAAGCAACCAAGUUUGACUACGGCCCGCUUGAUAACAAGAUCUAUUACGGUCAGGAGGAGCCACCAGAAUACCAGAUAAGCAACGUGAUGACCGACGUGGGACUCUUCUGGAGUCGCGGUGAUCAGAUCGUGCCGCCUGCUAAUGUGCGCGAGCUCAUCGAGGACCUGGGACCAUGGGUCAAGAAGAACCACUUCAUCGACGACCCCUACUACACGCACGUGCACUUUGCCAUGGCACUGAACAACCCGACGAAGUUGUACAAGGACCUGCUACAGUUUCUGGAUAAAUACGCGACGUCUUCCUAGGACUGCGAGUUAUUAUAGCUUGUAUAUACAAUGCCGUACGCUAUAAGCCGUCGGUGCAGUGCACAUAUGAAAAGAACGGAACUGCGUCGUCAGUAACGAAAGGUUUGAAGCAUUGAACAUUCGGAGGCAGUACUUGUGGAGCUCUCCAAUUGUCUUUUGGAGCUCACAGCAUUUCCCAUCGAUGACAUUGUAGCAUACAAUGCUGUAGGGCUAUAAAGCAAGUUGGCGCAGUGCAUACAUGGAAAGAACCGAACCAUGUCAUCAACACCGAGAGGAUUGGAGCAUUGAACAUUCGAAGGCAGUGCUCCUAGAGCGCUCCAACGGUUGUUGGGAGCACUCGACGUUUUCUUCGGGUGAAAGAAAUAUGGAAGAAAGCCAAUUUCU